UUGUCGGACCCGCCACGGCUCACGCGCUAUCGGGCCCAGGUAGGCCGGGUGCGGGGGGCGCGGCCCUCCCCCGCCGCCGCCCACCCCCGCGGCUGCACUUGCACUGCGGCUGAGGCCUCAGCCACCCCUCCGCCCUCCGCGUCGCUGCCGCCGCGCCGUCCAGUCUUCCCCCGACCCCCGCCGCGGCCGCGCGAGGCACGCAUGUUGCCGAGAGGAGAGCCCAGUUCCCCGACUCGCGUUUGUUGUUUAGUCGAUCUUGCUCAAGCUCGGCCUCACGGAGGAGUGCGCUACAGCCGUGUUCACUGACUGGACAGGCUACUCGGGAUUCUGAUGGAUUCGCCAUGUAGAUGGCAACCUAGUCGGAUUCCGAUUGAGCCCGAAACCUCGUGAUGCUUCGAGUUGGCAGAUAGCGAGGGAAGGGGGACAAGAUGCCCCACUCGCAGAGCGAUGGAUCGAGGAGGCAGGGACAGCGACGAGCCUCCGUGGGGACGGGCGGGGCCCGCGGCCUCAGGGGCUUCGGGUCCUGAUCGCCGGGCCCUGGACUGCAUCCCCGAGGACCUGUUCUUUCUGACGCCCAGGCCGGGAGCGUCGCCGUCAUCGGCCAGCUCCGAUCUCCAGGAUAACGACACCGACGACGCCCGCAGCGCAAGUGGCCUGGAGCGCCAGGGAGAGGCCGCGGGCCACAGAACACACCUCAGCGAGCAGGGGCGGCAAGGGGCCUUGACCCCGCCCGUGCCCGGCGAGCCCCUGGGAGGGGUGCACAUCUCGGAGUGGGGCAGCGGGCCGGAGGGAAGCGCCCACCGCCACAAGCCCGGGAACGGCCCGGACGACUGGGCCAUCUUUGACGUCCUGGUCAGGCACCCCGUCGAGGACCACGGCGAGGGGCGGGAGGAGCAACAGCAAGGCGCCUCGAACGCCCAAAAGCAGCAUGAGUCGCCUCCAGCGCCCGAGCACGGCGGGGGCCUUCCCCGCCACCACGCGGAUGACUUCCCGCCAGUACUGACUCGCAAGGAGGACGCCCGACAUGCUGUGGCCACGCUGCAUGCUGCAUGA